GCCUGGUCGUCCACCAAAACGUAGUUCAGGAAUACCAAGUCCAGAACCAGGAAAUUAUUCUGGUUCCAUAUCUGGUUCGCAUUUAAAUUCAUCAUCAACACCAACAACAACAACAACAGGAACACCAACCGGAACAUCAUCACAAGCGGCAAAUAAUUUAUUACCAUUAUUAGCAACAACAUCAUCAUCAAUUCCUGGAACAAUAUUGGAUAAUCAACAACAGCAACAACAACAAGCAAUUGCAGCAGCGGCUGCUGCAGCUGCAGCCGCUGCAGAUUUUAAUCCAACAGCAGCAUAUUUAUGGCUAUUAUCGCAACAACAACAACAGCAGCAACAACAUUUACCUGCAAAUGCUGCAGCAGCAGCAGCCGCAGCUGCUGCAUUAAAUCUAACUAAUCGUAAUUCUUCAUUGACCACCACUACUACCGAUGAUGAUGAAGAUGCCGAUACAACCGAUAAUGAUGAUAAUAGAGAUAGAGAUGAUGAUGAUAUCGAUAGUAAUCAUAGUGUUGUUGAUGGUAAUGGUGGUGAUAAUCAAAAUAUUUCAACAAAUUUUAAUGGAAUCGGAAACAAUGGUUUAACCAGAAGAAAUUAUUCAUUUGAUCAUCAUAAUAAUAAUCGUAAUUCAAAUAAUCAAAAUAAUGAUGAUUCAACAAUUGAAUCAUCAUCGAUUCCAAAUGGAUCAGAAGCAAUUGCCGAAACAGCAGCCACUGCAACAUCAACAAUUGGACAUUCAUCAUCAUCAUCAACAUUGAAUCAUCAACAAAAUGUUGCUAUACAACAAUUAUUGAAUCAAUCAUUGCAACAACAGCAGCAGCAACAACAACAACCGGAACAUUGUCUAGAAACAUUAUUACGAAAUAUUGAAGGUUUAUUAGCAAUUGCAGCACAUAAUGCUAGACAACAACAAGCACAACUUCAAAUGCAAAAAGCUGAAAUACGUAAUGAAUAUUCAAAUCAAUUGGAUCGUGAACGUGAACUACGUGAACAUGUUGAAAAACAAUUGAAUGAAGAGCAAAAAAUUCGAGUUAUUUAUCAAAAACGUUUUAAAAAAGAACGUAAACUUCGUCGUAAAUUAGAAAAUGAACUUCAACAUCAACAACAACAACAACAUGGUAAUAGUAAAAAAUUAUCAUCAUCAUCAUCGCCACCGACAACAACAAUGACAAGUUUAUCAUCAACAACAACAACGACAACCCAAAUGGGCAACGAUGAAAAAAAAACAUUAUGA